GUGACAUUUAAUACUUGGUGAUAAAUUUUUGAUUUUUGAAUGGGGAGACAAGAUCGCAUUGCAGUAAAAAAAAUUGUGCAUUUCACUGGUUUUAGUGCCUUUAAAAUUAUAAAUUCCAUUAAAAACUAAAGGAAAGUUUAACUCCAUCGGGCGAAAGCGGCAUUGGUUAAAAUGAACGUGAUAAUUUCACCAUUAGCAAAAAACCUAACAUGAAGCAAAACCACAUAAUAUUUCAUUAUUUUCUUUAUAAUUUAAUUUUCUGCUUAAGUGUUGGCCUACUGAUUGGAGUUUUAUCCCUUGACUCAGAGGAAGUCAAUAACCCAACCUUGGACUCUACCUUGCCUGUAACAGACAACAUUUCUAGCAAGGCAGAAGCAGAGGAAGUACUUAUUAAACCAAGCGAAGGUGAUUUUGUGCAUAAUAAAGAAAAUGAAAUUGAUCAUGUCAUUGAAUCCACUCCUACAGUUGAUCAACUGAGUGAGGUUACAGAAUCAAUAUUUACCGAAAUCAGUUCAGAAGCUAUAGAAGGCAUAAACGAAAUAAUAAACAAUGACACUCCGAUCGUAUUCUCGCACGUUGACGCCGCCACUGAUGAACUUCAAAAACGUAGCAACAUCGCGUCGGCAUUACCUAUAGAUGACGAGAUUCCCGAUAAAGAAACCAUAAAUGCCACCAAUAUAGUAUUAGAAAGUGAGGAAGAUAGAUCUGCCAAUAAUGAGACUGAAGAAACCGACGCCGCACCACCGAAAAAUGUCACAGAAAAAAUAUCCGAAGAUAUUCCAUCGUUCUCCGAGUGGGCCCAAAAACAUCUGGAGGAAGCGGAAAAGAAGGAGCAAGUGAACUCCUCCACCCCAAAUUCAACUUUUAACGGCACCAAACAAAGUUCCGGGGGGAAAAUAAGAUGGAACAAUUAUGCGUCUGUGGAUUGCGGUGCGAAAGUGGUCCUAGCCAAUCCCGAGGCGCAACAUACGUGGGCGAUUUUGGUUGGUUCCCGUGAUGAAUAUAUGCUCAAUCUUUGUAACAGUAGGAUUUGGUUCGUUGUGGAGUUGUGCGAGGCCAUUCAACUAAAAAAAAUAGAGUUAGCCAAUUACGAGUUGUUCUCGUCUUCACCGAAAGAGUUCGCUUUAUCAGUAAGCGAUCGAUUUCCGACUAGAGAUUGGACUUCUGUCGGAGUGUUUACUGCUCUGCCACCCAAAGAGGAACGAGGGGUUCAAAGUUUUGACGUAAACACCGAGAGUUUCGGCAAAUAUGUAAAAGUAGAAUUUAAAAGUCAUUACGGUUCAGAACAUUAUUGUCCUUUAUCAUUAUUCAGAGCGUAUGGGAUGUCUGUGUUUGAAGUUUUACAAAAAGACGACCCGACUCACGUGCAACGAAGUGAGGAUGAUGACGACGAUGAUGACGAUGGUUCCUUAGGUAGAUUAGUCAAAGAAGAGAAACCGGGGAAUUUGCUAAGCUCGGCGACUGACGCGGUCCUUUCUAUGGUUAAAAAAGCCGCUCAAGUUUUAGGGAAUAAAGUGAACAAAACCAAUGAGGCUAGUCAGGCGGGAAACUUAAGCAAACUUUACUCGCCAAUAAUAAAAUCUUGCAGCUCUCCUAGUCAUUAUGUGGUCUGUAAUAACUGCUCUGAUACACUUUUUGGAAAAAUUUAUGAGCUACUUAGCUGCACUCAACAGCAAAUUAAGAAUCUAGUCAGUAUUCCAUUUAUAAAUAGGGCAUUAGUAAAUUCUGCUAUUUGCCAACCGUUUGGAUUCGAUUUUAGAGAUAAAAGCGCGAGUCUCAGCACUUACGCGGAAGCGAACUCGGUAAAUUCGUUCUUUCCUGCAUUUUUUUUAGGAGCCAUGUGCAACUCUUUGGCAAUUACUUAUAAUAAGGUGCUCUAUAAUGUGAGCCACCAAUACGCUAAUGUAACUGAACAAAAACCAGGAGAAAAUCUAAUUAAUGUGGAUCAAGUUGAUAUAAAAGCGAGCAUAAAGGAUGAUGAACAUAGAGAGACAAUCGGAGAGAAAACUGAUAAAUUUAGUGAACAAGUCAAGCUAGAGAAUCUAGAUAUAAUCGGUUCCAAAGCAGGAUGUUCAACUGAUACAACUUACAUGCCAACAAAAGCCCAAAUUACAGAGCUGCCAGGUAACCAAGAGAAUUUAGGCACGCCCACUCAACAACCACUUGAACCUGUUGAAAAUACUAAUGCUUCAGAUUCUGAAGUAGACCCUGAUAUACCAGCUGAAGCGGAACUCCAAUCGGAAAGUGUUACUGAGGAAAAUGUCGAUAAAUUGAUCAACGAAUUGAAUACGGAAGCCAGUCAACCCGUGGUUAAUCCUCCAUCAACUAGUAACUUACAAGGACCAAAGGAAUCAGUCUUUUUGAGGUUGUCAAACAGAAUUAAGGCACUUGAAAGGAACAUGUCCUUGUCUAGCCAGUACUUAGAAGAACUAAGUAAAAGAUACAAAAAACAAGUGGAAGAGAUGCAACGCGUCUUAGAUAAAACCGAAUACACCCUAAACCAUGUAACAUCAAAAAUGGAGGAACGUCACAAACAGUUGGAGGAACGUCUAGAAUCCCUAACUAGAGCCAUGGAGAAUCUUUCCGCGGAAAAACGGAACUGGAGCGAUUUCACUUAUUGGUUAUUUUUUGGGGCCGGUCUUAUAUUUCUUUGUUAUUCUUAUAAGAGAUUUUCAACACCAUCGGCCCAUGUUAAUGCUGCGAAGCCUGUUGAAAUACACCGUCGCAACUCUGUGGAUGUGGUGAGGGCGACUUCGAAGAAGAAAAAACGACGACCCAGCGAUCAGGCGUUGAAAAUCGUCACUUCCGCAUCCGGCGAUCAAGAAAAACACCCGAGAAAAAGAAAGAAGAAAUCAUCGAACCCCGAGAACUGCUGCUUGGAGGCGGAUAAAUUUAUGCCCGCAUGCACCUCUAGUAAAAUUUGGUCUAAACCGACUAGUCAAGACUGGGUAGAGAGCAGGGGUAGAGUUAUUGAAAAUAUCCCCUUUCCUCUAGAGGAGGGUGACAGUUUUACCUUGGAAAGUAAACCGGUUGUACCCGAUGUAAGCACCAUAGAUGCACCCGUUUUUAUAAAAACUGCCGCGAAUUUCAGAUUGGCCAGGUCGAAUUCGUUAAAAAAUGGGGCGGCGAGACCGGCCAGCCCGGUACAAUCGCUUAACGGAAGCAUCUCGAGUUCUAAUCAGCCAUCGCCAAAGAAGGAAAGGAAGGGAUUUAAGAAACUAUUUAAAAAGGUAUUCUAGGUUGCCAAAAAAUAUGCCACGUUUUCAUAAAAAUUACAAUUCGAUUGCUUGUAAUAGAUGUUUAAAAGUGUUACUUAA